AUGACAGCCGAGAGCGAGGCUUUGGAGCGAUGGCCGCACUCCAAUAGCAGCCUGGAUGCGGAGCCGGAAUCCAGCUUCAUCGAAGUUCCGGAGCUCUCACUCCACUGGAAACUGGAAUUGGCUCCCGUGGACGGCUGGGAGGAAGUCGAUCCUAACAUCACGUACGUGCUGCUUUUGCUGCCACUCUCUGCCCUGAUCGGCGUCUGCCUGGGCAUGGAUGUGAUUCUGGCUUUGCGGAAGCACUCGCAGCAAGAAGUCUGGAAGAUGUAUAUGAGUGAAGUCAGGGCAAGGACAAUUCAAUCCGCAAUCUCGAACUUGAAUGUGGUUCAGUUCCCGUUCUGUGUGGUGUGCAUCGAAGACUUCGAAAAGUUUGGCAUGAUCCUGCGGCACGAGACCGUCCGGGACCGUGGCCUGCUUCACAGCAUCGACACAGCCCAAGCGGCCAUGGACUUCUGCAGGUUGGACGGGGUUGUCUUUAUCAGCCACCAGUGGGCUGGAUACAGCCAUCCUGAUCCUUAUGGCACGAAGUACGAAGCUAUAGGCAAGGCUGUGCGCGAGCUUCAAAGACGAGGUGUCCGAGCAAACUGGAUAUGGCUGGACUACUGCUGCAUCCCACAGGAGAACAAUGUCCAGCAGCAGAGUGCCAUCAACUCCAUGUUUGCCUACACCUCCUUUUGCACGACCUUCCUUUCUCUAGCGCCAACGUGCACGCACGUAGAUUCAG